AUGGGCCAAAUAGAAGAACUCCCCGACGACUACGACGAGUCCCAACCCCCAGCAACCACAACUACACCUCCAGCAGAAACACCAUCGAUCCCGCCCUCGCUCCUCUCCAACGACAACAUCCCCUUCCCCAUAAUACCAGAAAAAGUGAAAAAUGCAGAUCCAUUGGCGCCUGAGUUGCCGCCUGCAAUGGCAUCGAUUCGGUCGUAUACGCCCGAUCAACUGGCGGAUAUGAUGAAAAAGACGCCGUUGUUUAUGACGGAUUUGGAUAAUGCUGGCGAUGAGGAAGGAGAAAACGUCAUGCUCGAAGCCAUCCGCGCGCUGCAAUACGAAGGAACUCGAGGCGACGUCACGCUCAGUUUCAGGGAACAAGGCAACGAAGCCGCCAAGCUGAAAAACUGGACGGACGCAAAGGAGUUUUAUACAAAGGCCAUUGCGGUGCUAAACGUUAAAAAGGAAGAUGAUAAAUGGGAGAAACCGACUGAUCUGGAAAAGGAGGAGAAGAUGUUGAAGGAGGCGAGGGAGGCGUGUUAUGCGAAUAGGGCGUUGUGUAAUUUGGAACUGAAGAACUAUAGAUCAACAACCCUAGACUGCGCCCAAGCCCUCAAAGUCAAUCCGCGAAACGUCAAGGCGUACUACCGCUCCUCAAUGGCCCUACUAGCCCUCGACAAAAUCGCCGAAGCCACCGACACCGUCCUGCGCGGCCUUGCAAUCGACCCAAACAACAAAUCUUUACAACAAAUGUCGGAAAGGAUAGCCGCCCGCAAAGAAAUACUUGAUAAAAUCGCCGCCCGCAAACAGAAAGAAGAAGAAACGAAACAGAAACAGAAAUUAUUACUAUCCACGGCACUACAAGCUCGCCAGAUCCGCGUGCGCAAAACAGACGCAAAGCCGGAUAUGGAAGAUGCGCAUAUCGCGUUGACGCCGGACCCAUUGUCGCCGGAGAGCACGCUUGUGUUCCCCGUGAUGUUUUUGUAUCCGAUGGAUGCGCAGACGGAUUUCAUAAAAGCGUUUUCGGAGAUGGAUUGCAUUAAUGAUCAUUUGGAGUAUUUGUUGCCCUUGCCGUGGGACACGAAACAAGAGUAUCAGGCUGCGAUGCUGGAUUGUUACAUGGAGACUGUGACGGGAGGACUGAUUAAGGUGGGCAAGAAGUUGCCGUUGCUCCAGGUCUUGUCCGGUGGGAAGGUGGAGGUUGUGGAUGAGUUGGUGAGGAUUAUUGUUGUGCCGAGGGGGAAGACGCAGAAAUUUGUGGAGGAGUUUAAGGCGAGGAAGGGGAAGGCUUAA